GCAUUUCUACUCCAAGUAGAGUAGCAAACCUGAAGUAGCAGCAACAGCAGCAGCAGCAAAAAACAAACAUGAGUGUGAAGGGCAUGGCUAUAGCCUUGGCUGUGAUUUUCUGUGCCACAGUUGUUCAAGGCUUCCCCAUGUUCAAAAGAGGACGCUGUCUGUGCAUAGGCUCUGGAGUAAAAGCAGUGAAAGUGGCAGAUAUUGAGAAAGCCUCCAUAAUUUACCCAAGUAACAACUGUGACAAAAUAGAAGUGAUUAUUACCCUGAAAGAAAAUAAAGGACAACGAUGCCUAAAUCCCAAAUCGAAGCAAGGAAAGCUUAUAAUCAAAAAAGUUGAAAGAAAGAAUUUUGAAAAAUAACAAAACAUAUGAAGUAUAUCAAAACAUACGAAGUCCUGGAAAAGAGGAUUUGAAAACCUAGAGCAAGUUUAAUUGUGAUUACUGAAAUGACAAGAAUUCCGCAGAAGGAAACUGAGAUUUUUCCAUAGUUUUGUGACUAUAAACUUUUAUACUGUUAUGUGAAGGAUGGAAGGUGGGUGAAAGAACCAAAAACAGAAACACAGUCUUCCUAAAUGAAUGGCAAUCAGAAUUCUGCUGCCCAAAGUAGUCCAACAACUAAAUCGAUUUCUAGGAAAAGCUACCUUAAGAAGACUGGAUACCAUCUGGGUUUACAAAGUGCUUUCACAUUCUUACUUGCUGUAUUAUACAUUCAUGCAUUUCUAGGUUACAGAAUCUUCUAGAUUUGAUGCUUAUAACUAUUCUGUUGUGAUUAUGAGAACAUUUCUAUCUCUAGAAGUCAUCUGUCUGUAUUGAUCUUUAUACGAUAUUACUAUCUGUGGUUACAGUGGAGAUACUGACAUUAUUACUGGAGUCAAGCCCUUAUGAGUUAAAUGCAUCUAUGUGUAGUAAAAUAUUCCUCAAAUAUUU